AUGGCGUCGCUGUGCGGCGACACGUUCUUCCUCGACCCGUUCGCCAUCCGGCAGUGGGACGACCCGAAGUACAGCGGGACGCGCAUCGACUACGACAAGGAGAAGUUUGUGCAGGAAGUGCACAGGCUGUUCAAGGAACAGGGCGGGAAGCUCGCGGACGGAUACGCGCCGUUCUGCAAGCACGUCUUCGUGCCGAACUUCGUCGGCGCGGAGCUCGGCCAGCUCGCCAUUACUGACGCCAACCGCCACCUAGUCCAGUCAGGGUACAAGCGCCGACGCCCGGAGGAGCUCCCCGUGCUCAGCCGGUGGGUCAACCGCAGCGACGUGCAGCCCGUGCCGCAGGCGAAGAUGCUGGACCUGAUUCUGUAUUCGCGGGAGCAGAUCAUCAAGGAGCGCGCGGACCUGCCCGCCGAGGACAAGCAGGGGGAUGUUCCGGACGCCCCGUGGGGUAUAAUUUCCAUCAAAGCCCAAAACGAGGAUUUCGAGACGCCGAUGCAGCCUAUCACGAUCAUGCGGAACUCCCUGGGACGCAGCGAGGGCGGGUCCGGCGUGCCCAUCGACCGCGACGCGUACGAGAAGUCGUGCGCGUACUGGGACGAGCACGUGAUCAUUGCCUGA